AUGCAACGUGUCUCAGUAUUGAUAUUUUAUUCGGAAGAAAUUAUAUCUCGGAAGAAAUUAGUAUGCCAGCAUGGUUUUACGAGUGAAGAGGAUGCACCGUGCACAUCGCUGGCAAAAGAGCCGAUCGUGUUCUGUGGUCUUCGUUCUGCUGCUUGUAUGAUUCUGUUCGGUGAUGCAGUGCACAAUUUCAUCGAUGGAGUAGCAGUAGGAGCCAGUUUCGCAAUUUCUUCACGACUUGGUCUAACAACCAGUAUCGCUGUGAUAUGUCAUGAACUACCACAUGAAAUCGGUAAUUCCCUAUUUGGAUUUGUUCCUUGG